AAAAGAUAAACAUAGAAAAAGAGAAGCUCUUGUUAACCGAAGAUAUAAUAUAAUGCGUAUUUAUAGAUCAGAUCACAUCUUUAUCCUUCUUCUUCUUCUUCUUCUUCUACUCUUUCUCUUCCCAAACCCAUUAGAACAGAAACUUUUACUAAAGACCCGAAAACAGAUCUGAGAUUUUUGCUUUUGUUUUUGUUGAUGUCUUCCAUACAGUGGAGGUUUUCAAACAGGAUCCCUUGCUUUUGAGUUGGGUUAAUUAAUUACUCGAUCUGACAUUAAUUAAGCAUAAUAAAGUGGAAGCAGUGGAGAAAACGCGCCAAAGAGGGAGCGUGAGUGAGAUUUGAAUGCACCUGAAACUGUCUGGUCAAUAAGUUAAAAGUGCAUGGGAAAAAUCUUCGUUGCUGUUUCCAAUAUCCCUCUCUCUCUCUCUCUCUCUUUUAGUCUUUCUAGUGAGUAUUAUUAUUAUUUUUCUUUCUUUUACAGUAUCAACAUAGUGUAGUAUACACUCGUAUUCAUAUAUGGACAAAAAUAUGUAUAUCUGAAGAAGGAAAUGCUUAUUAUGGUCGCAAAAAAUGAGAGUAUCAUAGUCUAUUAUUAUAUGUUGAGUUUGUAAGCUUUUUUUUUUGUGGUUUGUUUUAUAAUAUUGGCAGGCAGGUUUAUUAAUUUUUUAAAAAAAAAUGGAGGAGGAAAGGGAAAAGCCGCAUCGAGUUUCACGUAAGUUAGACCAGAGUGGAUCCCACUGGAUUCAAGGAGCCGUUGAAGCGCCGAGAUGCUCCGGGAAAAGGUGCCGGUCUUGGGCGGCGGCGGCCAUCGCUGACUGCGUGGCGCUCUGCUGCUGUCCCUGCGCCGUCGUGAACCUCCUCACUCUCGCCUUCGUCAAGGUCCCAUGGAUGAUCGGGCGGAAAUGUAUAGGCCGUAGUGGCCGGAGUAAGAAGCGGAGGAAGAAAGUCAACCGUUUUCAUGAGAGGUCGGCGGAGAUGGUGGGUGGUGGGUGCUGCGGUGGCGGAGAUGGAGAUGGAGAUGGAGAGUUGGACGACCACCGGUUUGUGGUGGAGAGAGAUGGGAGUUUGACAAAGGAGGAAGACAAAACGGCGUCGUUAGAAGAGACGAGAAUAAGUGCGAGAGUGGAAGCGGAGAGAGUGUGGUUGGAGCUGUACCAGAUCGGCCAUCUUGGCUUUGGCAGACUCUCCUUCUCUGGAAUUCAUCCUUCUUAAUCAAAUUAUUCUUACAUUAUACAA